CACAGUUACUCUACCAGUGAUGGUAAACUGGUUGUGUGUGUCAGUGUUCAUUAUGUAGUGUAUCAACAGUUAUCAUUGUACAGUUCCUUGCGGUUAUUUCUAAUGAAAAAGUUAUGAAAAUAAUGCAAAACUGUUGUUUAACAAUACAAUAAGCGUAAAACUACCAAGUGACACAUAUCUCCGUGGUUAAACCUGACUCACAACUGUUGUGGUACAAUUUACUGGACCAAAACUGUUCUCAUGCAACUUAUGACCUGAUCCACGACUGUUGUUCUACAACUUACUGACUUACGACUGUUGUGGUACAGUUUACUGACUCACGACUGUUGUGGAAUAACUUACGGACUCACGACUGUUGUGGUACAACUUACUGACUCACGACUGUUGUGGUACAACUUACUGACUCACGACUAUUGUGGUACAGUACAACUUACUAACCCAUGACUGUUGUGAUACAACGUAUGGUACUCAAGACUGCUGUGGUACACCUUACUCACUCAUGACUGUCGUGGUACAAUUUACUAACAAUCGACAGAUGUGGUACAACUUAGUGACUAACGACUGUUGCAGUACAGCAUACUGACUCACGACAGUUGUGGUAUAAUUUAUUGACCACGACUGUUGCAGUACAACUUACUGACCCACGACUGCUGUGGUACAACUUAUUGACCCUCGACUGCUGUGGUACAAUUUACUUACCCGCGAGUGUUGUGGUACAUCCUACUAACACAUAAGUGUUGUUCUAUAUCUAACUAACACAGGAGUAUUGUUAUAUACCUUACUAACACAGUCGUAUUGUUCUAUAUCUUACUAACACAGGAGUUUUGUUCUAUAUCUUACUAACACACGGGUAUUGUUAUAUAUCUUACUAACACAGUCGUAUUGUUCUAUAUCUAACUAACACAGGAGUAUUGUUAGGCCUAUAUAUCUUACUAAUACACGGGUAUUGUUCUAUAUCUUACUAACACAGGAGUAUUGUUAUAUAGCUUACUACCACAUGAGUAUUGUUCUAUAUCUUACUAACACACGGGUAUUGUUCUAUAUCUUACUAACACAGGAGUAUUGUUCUAUAUCUAACUAACACAGGAGUAUUGUUCUAUAUCUUACUAACACAGGAGUAUUGUUAGGCCUAUAUAUCUUACUAAUACACGGGUAUUGUUCGAUAUCUUACUAACACAGGAGUAUUGUUACAUAUCUUACUACCACAGGAGUAUUAUUCUAUAUCUAACUAACACAGGAGUAUUGUUAGGCCUAUAUAUCUUACUAAUACACGGGUAUUGUUCUAUAUCUUACUAACACAGGAGUAUUGUUAGGCCUAUAUAUCUUACUAAUACACGGGUAUUGUUCUAUAUCUAACUAACACAGGAGUAUUGUUAGGCCUAUAUAUCUUACUAAUACACGGGUAUUGUUCUAUAUCUACUAACACAGGAGUAUUGUUAGGCCUAUAUAUCUUACUAAUACACGGGGAUUGUUCUAUAUCUUACUAACACAGGAGUAUUGUUAGGCCUAUAUAUCUUACUAAUACACGGGGAUUGUUCGAUAUCUUACUAACACAGGAGUAUUGUUACAUAUCUUACUAACACAGGAGUAUUGUUAGGCCUAUAUAUCUUACUAAUACACGGGUAUUGUUCUAUAUCUUACUAACACAGGAGUAUUGUUAGGCCUAUAUAUCUUACUAAUACACGGGUAUUGUUCUAUAUCUAACUAACACAGGAGUAUUGUUAGGCCUAUAUAUCUUACUAAUACACGGGUAUUGUUCUAUAUCUACUAACACAGGAGUAUUGUUAGGCCUAUAUAUCUUACUAAUACACGGGGAUUGUUCUAUAUCUUACUAACACAGGAGUAUUGUUAGGCCUAUAUAUCUUACUAAUACACGGGUAUUGUUCGAUAUCUUACUAACACAGGAGUAUUGUUACAUAUCUUACUACCACAGGAGUAUUGUUCUAUAUCUAACUAACACAGGAGUAUUGUUAGGCCUAUAUAUCUUACUAAUACACGGGUAUUGUUCUAUAUCUUACUAACACAGGAGUAUUGUUACAUAUCUUACUACCACAGGAGUAGUGUUCUAUAUCUAACUAACACAGGAGUAUUGUUAGGCCUAUAUAUCUUACUAAUACACGGGUAUUGUUCUAUAUCUUACUAACACAGGAGUAUUGUUAGGCCUAUAUAUCUUACUAAUACACGGGGAUUGUUCUAUAUCUUACUAACACAAGGGAUAUUGUUUUAUAUCUUACUAACACAUAAGCGUUGUUCUAUAUCUUACUAACUUCAGCAGUAUUAUUCUAUAUCUUACUAACACUCGGGUAUUGUUCUAUAUCUUACUAACACAGGAUUAGUGUUCUAUAUCUUUCUAACACAGGAGUUUUUGAAGGUGGACACAGUGAGCCAGUGGUGUUCAUUGUUAUUCCACAACAAUGGGCAAAUAUUCUAAGAGAGCAUCAGAGAUUCUUGGGUGGGCAGUUUAUCAUGGUGACAAGGUGAUGGUGUUGGUCGCCUUCGCUCUUGGUGCUGACCCCAACAUCUGUAAAUGGAGUAAAACUAUCAAUGAGCCACACUGCCUGUUGACCGUAGCGGCCCUGAGAGACCACGCCCACCUGGUACCUCACCUUGUAGCAGCAGGAGUCCCGGUUGACGGUUCUCGGAGGGCCUCCCUCAGGCCUUUACACUGGGCGAUAAGUUUGGGUUAUAACCUUGUAAUGAAGGCACUGCUCACUGCUGGUGCCAAUGUGGAGGUCAGGACUAUGGAAGGUUGGACUGCCCUGCAUGUGGCAAUAGAUGCAGACAGCGAGCCAAGCGUAGAGAUGCUCCUUAAAGCCAAUGCAGAUAUUACCUCUAAAGAUAAGUGGGGGGGCACAUCACUGCACCUUGCUGCGACUCGUAACAGCUUAAGAGUUCUGAAGCAGUUACUCAACAAAGCCAGCUGUGACCGUCAUGCACGGGAUAAGUCGCAAUCAACAGCACUUCACUGUGCAGCAAUGAAUGGGAAUGUGGAGGCGAUGCAGAUCCUGGUGCAAGCUGGCCUCAACCCUGACACCAAGAACAGCUCAGGCAACACACCAAUGGAUUCUGCAAGAUUGGCAGGUCAUGAACAUGCAGAGUGGUGGCUGAGGAAAUUACCACGUCCCGGACCUACUGUUGAGACACCUAGUCCCGUGUUAAUGAAAUCAUUCUGGAAAUAUUGUGAAGAUAGUUAUAAAGAUCUGUUAGAGGUAAUCAAAGAAGAGGACUCAGAAAACUUCUAUCGGGGAAAGACCUUAGGCAUGGUGAACCACCACCUGCAGGACGCUGCUGGCCGGACAUUCCUCCACUGGGCGGCGGAGCUCGGCUACAUUAAUGUGGUGGGUUCCCUCUUGGAUAUGUUUGAACUAUACCCACAUGCGGUGACUUGGGAUGGUGAGACUCCUGCUGAUCUGGCACGACGAAGAGGUCAUCAAAAUGUACUGCAUAGGAUCCAAAAUCAUCGGCCUCCACAGGUUCAAGGGUCACCAGAAGAACUGUACAACCAACUGCUGUCUCGCAUAACCCAAGGUGACGACUACGUUCAGGGGUGUCAUCUGUUGUGUUCAGGAGCGCCUUUAGAGUCUCCGAGUGGCUCAUCCACCCAGCCCCUCCCUUUGGCUAUUACUAGUAACCGGCGCGAAAUGGUAAGCCUCCUGCUGGUAGCUGGGGCGCCGCUCACCACCACCUGUAACGGUUUCAACCUGCUGACGCUCGCCUGGUUCUCACCCGACGUUACUCCUCCUGUUCAGGUCAUCAUUACAAGG